ACUUUCGGGAGGCGCUAUGGGCCGAAUUAAUAUCUGCAAAUUCACCGGCCGACUUACCCUUUCGCGGCAAUGUUGUGGCUUCCCCGAGUGACGGUAGUUCCCGCGGCUUCCAAAUUGGUGAACCUGAUAAUAACGACAUUGGUGUUAACAGGCCUUGGCGAAACCCAGUUUCAAACCAAUUCAUACAACGCGUGUAUGAGAUUCAUUAUCGUCGAGCAGUAUCUAUUAUACACGAAAAUGCUGAUUAUCACGCGAUUU